CUCUCUCUCUGUAGGUGUGCCGUCGGAUACUUACUUUGUCAACUAAUAAAAGUGCUUAGAGUGUGUUUCGAUUGUUGCUGUUUUUUAGAGUCCCGUUCAAGUUGUGGAGUUUUUGAAGUGAGGAGCAACAUCAAAAUGGAGUGGCUCUUUGGUAAACGUAUUACUCCUGAAGAGAUGCUUAGGAAGAACCAGCGUGCACUAAACAAGGCCAUGAGAGAUCUUGAUCGAGAAAGAGCAAAAAUGGAACAGCAGGAGAAAAAAAUUAUCGCAGAUAUCAAGAAAAUGGCGAAAGAUGGACAAAUGGAUGCCGUUAAAAUCAUGGCAAAGGAUCUUGUUAGGACGAGACGUUACGUUAAAAAGUUUAUGCUGAUGAAAGCAAACAUCCAAGCAGUAUCCCUGAAAAUCCAGACCUUGAGAUCACAAAACACAAUGGCUCAGGCAAUGAAAGGUGUUACCAAGGCAAUGCAAAACAUGAACAAACAACUUAAUCUGCCACAGAUACAAAAAAUCUUGCUAGAGUUUGAAAAGCAGUCGGAAAUAAUGGACAUGAAAGAAGAAAUUAUGAAUGAUGCUAUCGACGACGCUAUGGAGGAUGAGGGGGAUGAGGAAGAGAGUGACGCGAUCGUUUCUCAAGUCUUGGAUGAACUUGGCCUCCAGCUUACUGACCAGCUGUCAGGUUUACCACAAGCAUCUGGAUCUCUAAGUGUAUCAGGAUCGAAGCAACCCGUCGCCACCGCAGCCGGAGCCAACGACGAUGGAGGAAACUUGACCGACGCCGACGCAGAUCUUCAAGCCCGUCUCGAAAAUUUACGCCGCGAGUAAAGUACGUAGUAAUAUUUUGUACUCUUGUAUAAAUACUGUAUAAAAAAAAAUAUUAUACUUGUGAUAAAUGAAUAGCAUAAGAUUAAUUAUUUUGUUAACAUUAUAUUACAAUGGUAUAACAGCUAAUGUGCACAUUCUCCGUAUGAUGUCUGCGCUUAGAAAUGCACGCCAUACCUUAAAGCUCAAUUGAGUGCGUUGGUAUGAAAAUAUCAGUGUAGAUUUUUCAAACUAACAAUUUUCAAGCACACUAAAAGUGUUUCAUUUAGCUGUUAAAACUACGAUGGAUCACUGAUAAAUGCAUAAAAAAUAUGUCCAGCUUAGCUUGAAAAGGUUUAUACCAAACCAAAUACUAUUAGUUCACUACACUUAUGAAUUUGCGUAAAAUCUUUUGCUGAGGUUUUAUAUCAAAUUGUUUUAUCGAAAUUGCGCCAGUUCGCAAUUUUUAACUGUUUAGCGAUUCGAUGAAUCUUAAAAAAAUAUAAAGUGUUGAUUGCUUUUGGUGAACUGCAAAAAUAUUGACUGCUGAAAAAUAAAAUUGAGUCUUGUUAAUUACAAAG